AAUUUCAUGUUUUAAUGAUAAAAACCAAACAUGCAAAAUUUCAGAUUUCCCAACGCCACCGGAUCGUGGUCCAUUCAUCAAAGAGGUCACCGGGCAUUAUUUGACACUCUCUUGGAUUCCAACAAAACGGGCACCGCCGCGUUAUCCACAACUUGACUAUAAUAUCCCAGAGCCGGUAUGCAAAGUUCGAAAUUUGGAGCUCGGAAAGAGCUAUCAGUUCCGAGUUCGAGCAGAAAAUAUAUACGGUAUAAGUGAUCCAUCACCAGCUUCGCCACCAUCUCGAUUGAUGGCGCCUCCACAACCUGUGCUGGACAAGAACAGACGAGUGAUCCCACUGCUCGAUCCAUAUGCAGAGCGUGCCCUUGAUCAGGCUUACGCUGAACAAUAUGCAUGCGCACCAUGGUUUGCACCCGGAGUUGAAGAGAAACGAUUCUGUGCAGAGAAUGACACUCUAAUAAUAACAUUAUGGGUAUCCGGUUAUCCGGAUCCAAAAAUCACAUGGAAAUUCCGUGGAAUGGAUUUGGAAUCUGGACCUACAUCAAAGGAGAAUGUUGGACAGUACCAAUGCAUUGCUAGUAAUCAGUACGGCGACGCUCAACAAAAUAUCCAAGUUGAUCUCGGUGCUCGACCAAGGUUUAUUCAGCCGCUGAUUAAUAAAGUUGUGUCGGGUGGUAAACCGCUAAGGUUAGAUGUACGUGUUGAAGGAAGUCCAUUCCCAGAAAUCAAAUGGAUGAAGGAAUGGAGGCCAAUUGUGGAAUCAUCACGUGUUCGAUUUGUUCGUGAAGGACCAUAUCUGUGUUCGUUGAUAAUUAACGAUCCGCUGUGGCGCGAUUGUGGUAUCUAUUCGGUAACUGCAGUCAAUGAAGCUGGUACAGCAACGACGACGUGUUCAGUCACCGUUGAAGGUUGACA